CCACUGAAUGCAUGCCAUCUAUCUCUACUUCCGCCCACCCAGCAGUCCCUAGCCCCGAAGACAUCUCCAUUGCCCCCACUUCUACCACUGAAACAAGACAUGCAGAUACUUCUUCUGCCACUACUAAUUCAAUAACCCCAGCCGCAGUGAACAUCCCCCUCACUAACCCUGAAUCAGCUAACUCUAACAAUGUCAGCACUAUCCUCACCACGCCUAUCUCUGCCCUCCAUACUACUGAUAACUCAAGUGCUACUUCUGAUCCUGUGACCAGUCCACUGCCCUCAGUAUAUAUUAGUCCAGGCCAAGAUAAUGCUUUGCCAACUUCACCAGAAGAAAAAUCUAGUCUUGAGCCUGCAGGAAAGGAUACAGCAGCUGAUAAAGAGGAUGCCAUGGCUCAAAAGAAGGAGCAAAAUGAGAUGAAUGACAACAGGAAUGAUCGUGAUGACAAUGAUGAUGGUGUGAAGGAGGCUGAGGAUGAAAAAGAGAAAGCGCCUUUGGUCAAGAGUGCAGUGGCUAAGACAGAAGUGCAAGAAGAAAACACAAAGGUGGAUGACGACACCAUGAGAAAAGAAAAGCAAAUCAACAGCACUGAGUCAAACAAAAAUGGUGAACUGAGUGGAAAUGAAGGCAUGAAAGAGGGCGAGAAGCAAGAGGAAACCAAGUCAGUGGAUGAGAAAAAAGUCUAAAACGAAGAUGAAAUUGCUAAAUAUGGGACCAACUACUGUGACAGGGGGCAGGAGAAGCCACAGUAAACAGUAAGGGGGGAGAUCCGUAGGACUUCCUACAGGGACCACCACAUUACAGCAGCACACCACACAGGGUGGGCCACUGGACCAAAGAACUGAGAUCCCCUUUGUGUGACAUAAUAGACAAAUCCAGCAGUGUCUUUGUCAUUUUAUUUUUUUUUUUAGCCUAUGUUUCAAUUUUGCAUUGCACGUAUGAUAAUGUACUAUAAGACAACUACUGUGGUAAAAA